AUGAUAAGAUCCAGUGGUUCGAGGCCAACCCUGACCCAGGGUCUGGAUAGGGAGAUAUACGCUGUAGUGCGAAAGCUCGCAGAUGAACAAGCUCAACUCGAGGGCGGUGGGAAGCGCCUGACAAUUACCACUGUAUAUGAGAGUAUCAAACGUUCGAAUUCGAGCCUGAAGCGCAGAAGUAAAAAGCUACUAGAGGACUCGAUCGACCGCGUCCUGCGGGUUUUAAAGGAAGAACUAGACGAUAGCGAUUCAGUCGAUGGGGAUUUCGACGGCAUCGCGGAUACAGAGCCUGAGCUAAAGGAGCAUAAUAUCAUGAACAAGAGCAUCACACGAAUGUGGACAAAACCAACUGCAUCUACAACCAUGACUCUGGUGGAGGGCGACACACCAACUACUGGGACUAACACGCCUGCUCUGCCUAUUCAAACUCUGACUGGUGUAGGCGUGGAAUCCCCAUCGAAGGUAGAUCGUCAAGAAAAUGGAGAACCCAAGCCGAAACGACGCAAGGCAGAACGCGAGAGUAGGAAGGAGAUCGAUCGGUCACCACCCACUGAUAUUUCGCUGGAGAAUCUGGGAGGAGUCGACAACGUUAUUGAAGAGCUGAACGAGCUUGUAGCGAUGCCAAUGCUGUAUCCAGAAAUGUAUAUACAGACCGGUAUACAGCCACCUCGUGGUGUAUUACUCCAUGGACCGCCUGGUUGUGGAAAGACAAUGAUAGCCAACGCCUUCGCAGCAGAAAUUGGGGUAUCUUACAUUCCAUUAUCGGCUCCUUCGUUGGUUGCUGGUAUGUCCGGAGAAUCGGAAAAGAAGAUAAGAGACAUCUUCGACGAGGCCAAGCGAAUGGCCCCAUGCCUUAUUUUCAUCGAUGAGAUUGAUGUCAUCAUGGGGAAGCGUGAAAGUGCUCAAAGGGAGAUGGAGAAGCGCAUUGUAGCACAGAUGCUCACAUGCAUGGAUGACAUGGCACUCGAGAAGACUGGAGGGAAACCAGUCAUCAUCAUUGCGGCUACAAAUCGCCCAGACAGCCUCGACCCAGCACUUCGGAGAGCCGGAAGGUUCAAUAAAGAGAUUAAUCUGGGCGUUCCGAACGAACAAGCACGGGAGAAGAUUCUGCGGGCCCUCACCCAGAAGUUGAAGCUACCUGAUUAUUUCGACUAUCGCAGUCUCGCAAAACUCACCCCGGGAUUCGUUGGAGCCGAUCUCAAUGAUGUCGUUUCUGUUGCCGGUACAGAAGCAAUGAAGCGGAUGAUGGCUGUUCUUAAACAGCGCAGUGCAAUGGCCAUGGAUAUUGACUCUGCCCCCUCGUCGCCUGUCGUUGCACCUCCACUCUUAACUCUUCGGUCCCUUGUUGCUCAUGCCGGCGAAUCUUUAUCUAUACCGGAAAAUGAUCUGUCCAUAACUUAUACAGAUUUCCUGACCGCAGUCCCCAAGGUCCAACCAUCAGCCAAGCGCGAGGGUUUUGCAACCAUUCCAGACACUACUUGGGCACACAUUGGCGCCUUGCAUGAAGUCCGCGAUCAACUUGAGAUGGCAAUCGUCGAGCCAAUUAAACGACCUGAAUCUUUUGCUCGUGUUGGUAUCACUGCGCCGACAGGCGUUCUUCUCUGGGGACCACCUGGAUGUGGUAAAACACUCCUUGCAAAGGCCGUGGCCAACGAGUCAAAGGCAAACUUUAUCUCUAUCAAGGGACCAGAAUUGUUGAACAAAUACGUCGGAGAAUCCGAACGCGCGGUCCGUCAAGUUUUCGAGCGGGCUCGUUCUUCCGUGCCGUGUAUUCUAUUCUUCGAUGAACUGGAUGCUUUAGUACCAAAAAGGGAAGACUCACUGUCGGAGGCUAGCAGCAAGGUUGUUAAUACACUUCUCACUGAGCUUGAUGGAUUAAGCAAUCGGGCGGGAAUAUAUGUGGUUGCUGCCACCAACAGACCAGAUAUGAUCGAUCCCGCCAUGCUACGACCAGGUCGCCUCGGAACGUCUGUCUACGUAGACCUACCCACUGCCGACGAAAGGGUUGAGAUUCUUAAAGCAAUCAUCAGAAAAGCUCUGCCCGAAGCUUCCCAGGAGGAGAUUGAAGUUCUAGAAGAGGUGGCACGGGAUCCUAGGGCUGAAGGAUACAGCGGAGCGGACUUGGGCAAUCUGCAUCUAGCUGCGGCCGUUGCGACCCUGAAGAGAGAGGUGAAAGAGGAGAUGGAGGUGGCUUCUGGGACUCGAUCCGAGGUGUUGCGGGGGAUCCAGAAGUGUGAUUGGGAGGUUGCGUUGGGGACGGUGAAGGCUAGUGUGAAAGAUAUAGAGAAGUAUAGAAAACUGAAGAAAAGGGGUAUGUGA